CGUUUCCUGUCGUGAGUGCACGUCCAACGCUGGAUGUGAGGCCACAGUGAGCUGUCUCUUCCCACAGAUCGAAGAUGGCGGUGUCGGUGUUUCCCGGCGUGCGGCUCCUCUCUAUCGGAGACGCAAACGGAGAAAUACAGCGUCACUCCGAGCAGCAGCCUCUACGACUGGAGGUGAAAGCCACACAGGACGCGGCCCUGAUCAACCUCUCCAACGCAGAGGAGACAUGUGUGUUCAAGUGUUCGGUCUCCAGGGACACAGAGUGCAGUCGCGUGGGGAAACAGUCGUUCAUCAUCACGCUGGGCUGUAACAGCGUCCUGCUACAGUUCACCUCACCUGCAGAGUUCUCAUCGUUCUAUAACCUCCUGAAGAACUGCCGCGGCCACAGUGGAGAGCAGUCGGUCUUCAGCGACAGGACAGAGGAAUCAUCCGCAGUACAGUACUUCCAGUUCUAUGGCUACCUCUCCCAGCAGCAGAACAUGAUGCAGGACUACGUCAGGACAGGGACCUAUCAGAGGGCCAUCCUCCAGAACCACACUGACUUCAAGGACAAGGUGGUGUUGGAUGUGGGCUGUGGUUCAGGGAUUCUGUCAUUCUUUGCUGCUCAGGCUGGGGCCAGGAAGGUCUACGCUGUGGAGGCCAGCACCAUGGCCCAGCAUGCAGAGGUCCUAGUGAACACUAACCGUCUGGGGGACCGUGUGGUGGUGAUCCCUGGUAAAGUAGAGGAGGUUACGCUACCUGAGCAGGUGGACAUCAUCAUCUCAGAGCCCAUGGGCUACAUGCUCUUCAACGAGAGGAUGCUGGAGAGCUACCUCCACGCCAAGAAGUUCCUCAAGCCUAGUGGUAAAAUGUUCCCCACCAUCGGUGACGUGCACCUGGCCCCCUUCACAGACGAACAGCUCUACAUGGAGCAGUUCACCAAGGCCAACUUCUGGUACCAGCCUUCCUUCCAUGGUGUGGACCUCUCAGCCCUGCGAGGAGCAGCGGUGGAUGAGUACUUUCGCCAGCCCAUUGUGGACACAUUUGAUAUCCGUAUCUUGAUGGCCAAGUCUGUCAAAUACACAGUCAACUUCCUGGAGGCCAAAGAGGAGGAUUUGUACAGGAUAGAGAUUCCCUUUAAGUUCCAUAUGAUGCACUCAGGGCUGGUGCACGGCCUGGCCUUCUGGUUCGACGUAGCGUUCAUGGGAUCAAUGGUGACCGUGUGGCUCUCUACAGCCCCCACAGAGCCCCUGACCCACUGGUACCAGGUCCGCUGUCUGCUCCAGUCACCCCUCUUCACCAAGGCAGGAGACACACUUUCCGGCACAGCGCUGCUCAUCGCCAACAAGAGACAAAGCUACGACAUCAGUAUUGUCGCCCAAGUGGACCAGACAGGCUCCAAGUCCAGCAACCUCCUGGACUUGAAGAACCCCUUUUUCAGGUACACAGGCAGCACCCCCACACCCCCUCCUGGGUCGCACUACACCUCCCCCUCUGAGACCAUGUGGAACACUGGGGGGGCCUACAGCAUGAGCCAGGGCAUGGCUGUGUCAGGGAUGCCUACAGCCUAUGACCUCAGUACAGUCAUGGGCAGCGGCUCGACGGUGUCCCACAACAACCUCAUCCCCCUCGUGAACACAGGGAUAGUGAAUCACACCCACUCCAGGAUGGGCUCCAUCAUGAGCACCGGAAUCGUCCAGGGAGCUUCUACUGGCCAAUCAGGUCCUAGCAGCAGCAGCAGCUCUAACCAGCAGCAGCAGCAUUAUCCCGUCACCAACCAGUUCACCAUGGGAGGACCCGCCAUCUCCAUGGCCUCUCCCAUGGCCAUCCCUAGCAACACCAUGCAUUAUGGGAGUUAAGACCUCGUCACCCUUCACCUCCGAACCCCUGCAUGACCUCUACUAGCCCCUCCCCCCCGACCGACCAGAACCAGAAUACCAAAACCAGUGCUGUCGUGUUGUCCCUUCAGCACCUUCCUUUCUCCUUUACUGUCCAUCUCUCUAUCACUGGAGUUAUUCUCAAAUCCGUCCCUCCCCGCCGCUCUCUCCGCUUUGAGAGCUGUUCCCCAUCUCCCCCCUCUCAUCAUCGUGCAGCAGCUAUGAUAUCACCAGUCCAGCCAGAGGGUGGCAGCACCUCUACGUUCAACUGACAGACUGAUCAGCACAAAGAAUUGGCAGUUUUUCUGAAUGGAGAGCUGAGCUGAACUGAACUUUGUUUGACUGGACCUUUUUAUGCUUUACAGACACAUGUACACCUACACAUACACAUUGAACACAGAGACUUUUGCUGCAAAGAAUAACUCAUUGCACGACUGUACAGCAGGUAUCAUCUCCUUUAUCCGGGUUCCCUCCCUUUUGGACAUUUCGCCUCCCCUAGUGCCAGUGUGAUGCCCCACCCUUCCCCCUCCUCCACCAAACACACACCCAGUCGCUAUCCCCCCUCCCCUUAUCGCUGGAUUGGAUGUCCCCCACUACAGAUCUGCACUGAAAGGACAGAGGGCUUUCCUGUACAGUAGAACACUAUGAACACCCCUCACUGAUGCCAUUUUGUUUUCAUAUCGAGGUACUUCUCCACCUGCCUGUAGAGCCUCUCUCCUUAAACGGCCCCAUUCCAGAGCGAUAGCUAGCUCCCCCAAGGUGUUUGUCUGGUCAUCCAUAGUGGUAGUCUUUAGCCCAGUAGACCUAGGCUAUCUCAAAAGACACCCUAUUCCAUAUACAGUGCUCUACUUUUGACGAGAGCCACAUGGACAAAUGAAGUGCACUGUAUAGGGACUAGGGUGUCAUUUGAGAGACAGCCUAGAUGUCAGUGUGUAGGAGAACGCUGUAGGACAUGAUCUUGAAAAACACCAACUCUGGAACUCUGUUAGAACCUCACCUCCGAUUGAGGUGUGUUGUCCAAAGCCAAUGAGCUUCGAGGACACAGCAGCAGACCCGGCCCCCCACUCCCCUUCAUAGCCAAUCAGGAUUGCAGUGAGCCGAUGGUAUUGGUGGAAGCAGGAUGAACCCACAGAAAGACAGACUGGACCAAGGACACUGAUGUUGGCUGUUGGAGCAGCUGAAUCCUAGUUUACAUUCUUCCCCGGUUUCCAUUCCUUCAUUUUGAGACUGCGGUGGGGAGUUUGGGAUAGAGGGAGUCACCUCUUUCCCUCCUCACUACCUAUGAUAUCUAAACCUCUUCUCCCUCCUUUCCCGGGCAAGUCGAUUGCCCAACCUUCAGACAAAGACUUAAUGGACAUGUAUGCAUUGCUUCCAGUCACAAUUUGUGGACUGAGUUUAAUUUUUUUUUGAUUUAGCAAGUUUUAUGAAGAGAAAAUGUCUUGCUAGUUUGUAGGGUUAACUUUUCAGUUGUCUUUGUUUUAUUUCUUUCACAGAAAAGCAACAAACAAAAAACAAGUAUAAAAGGAGUAAAUUAAAUGUUGGAGAAGUCCCCAAAAAAAUCUUUGGAUCAGUUCUUAUUGAUAUUACAGUUAGAAAUUUAACACCAAUGUUGUGAUAGUUGCUAGCUUAGCAUUCAAACACUACUUUUCUCUGGGACCUCAAGGGACAUCUAUUGAUGGAAAGUGCAUCAGGAAGAUUCCUGUUUGUAUUACGAGGUAAUAAAUUGCCCCUGACAAUUAGCCACAGAUCUAGGAUCGGAUUUUCCCAAACCAAAACCAGCAGUUAGGAAUGACUAAUGAAAUGAUUUUAUAACGUCAUCUUGAGCCUACAUGGUCAGCAGACAUUGAUGUGCCCAAGGACCAUAGCUGUAAAUGUGUGUCCUCCAAGCACACACACAAGCAACUACCUCAAAUCUCAGGGAUAUUUCU